AUGAGCCAAUUACAAAACCUAGUAUCUUAUGUUUGGUCUAAUUCAAUUGAAAUCUAUCCACAAUCAUUCCCAUUUGAUUAUAAAUACGUUAUAUCCAAUAAUGAUGGAACAUUUAUCUGGGAAGAGCCAACAAACAGAACAUGUACUGGUCCAUCAGCUCCUCAAUACGAUAGAGUCCGACCAAUUACAUACUUCAUCAACGAAUGGUUCACAAAUGUAAAUAAAGAACUAUUCAAAGGUCUUGGCGUCUAUGUUCCACUCUUCUCUCUGAGAACACAGAACUCACAAGGUAUUGGUUCUUACACAGAUAUCAAGAAACUAGUCGAUUGCUGCAAUUCAAUGGGAGCAUCUUUAAUUCAAUUGCUUCCAAUAAACGAUACAACUGACAAAGGUGGAUGGGAUGAUUCAUAUCCUUAUAAACAAGUUUCUUGUUUCGCUCUUCAUCCUGUUUAUAUUGAUUUGCUCGGAAUCCUUCCAGAAUUACCAACAGAUAUUUAUAAUAUCAUCAUGAGAAGAAAGUACGAACUUGAAAAACUUCCUCAAAUUGACUUUCCAGCUGUUUUCUCCUUCAAAAUGGACAUGCUCAAAGAAAUUUUUGAUCUUGUCAAGGAGAAAUUCAAAGAUUCCGAAGAUCUCCAAGAUUUCUUAAAGAAGAAUGGCUCGUGGUUGAAACCUUACACUCUUUUCUGCCACUUGAGAGAUACUUAUAAAACGAUGGAAUUCAGAAAAUGGCCGAAAUAUUCAAAGAUCACUCCAGAAGAAAUCGAAGACAUAUGUGAUGAGAAAGAGAGUGAUUUGUUGUUUAUUUACUGGCUUCAAUACAUUGCUGAUAAACAAUUUAAAGAAUCAUAUGAGUACGCAACAAAUCACAAAGUUGCUUUGAAAGGAGAUCUUCCAAUUGGUGUCAACAUUAACUCUGUUGAAUGUUGGGCAUUUCCACAUUUGUUCAGACUCCACAUGUGUGCAGGAGCUCCUCCUGAUGAUUUCUCUAGUGAUGGACAAAACUGGGGAUUCCCAACUUACAACUGGGAAGAAAUGGAGAAAGAUAACUUUGCAUGGUGA